AUAACUUUAUUUCUUGGCUUUAAUCACGCACAGGAGAUUGGACGUAGAUACGGAAUAGAUCAGUUGGACCGAUUUUAUACGGGAUGAAAGUGUCGGUGCAUAAAGUUGUCCCAGAUGACAAACGUUUUUUUUUCUCUUUUCUUUUCUUUUCUUUUCUUUUCUUUUCUUUUCUUUUUUUUUGUGCUGCUUGCCUUUUCUUCUUUUUUGGCCUUUUUACCCUUUUCUCGUUCUCUGGUUUUAGACAUCAAACUAGUAAUAGGUACAAACGUUAAUGCACUGCCCUUCCGAUUGAAUUCAAAAGUCAAUGACAGCACCACUGAUCAAAAGUAGUAAUUUCGAGUCGGACCAUCAGAUGAGGGGGUUGAUUACCAAAUCGAGUGCACGGGACCUCAGCCCUACGGCCGCGAGAGUUCAU